AUGCCACGCCCCAUCGCAAAGGUCGCCGACGGCGGCACAUUUCUGGUCGGCCUUGCAUCUGAGGUCAACGCUGGGAACAAGGCGAGGAAAGCUGCAAACAAAACAGCAGAAUCAGAAAGGCAGCAGCAGGGUGUUGCAAAUUAUCCCUCAACAUCGUCAUCAGGGCCUCAAUACUCCUAUGUGGAUGGUCCGCCUCCAUCGUAUGACGAUGCAGUCGAUGGGCACCCUGGACAAAACCCGCCCAAGUCCUUUGCCGAUAUGGGCGUACCAUUGCCGCACAGCUCUUUCUCACUCCAGCAAAGCGUCAACACGCCCAUUCAUCCGCUGCCAUAUCCGGUCAUUCUGCCACAGCGGCGACCAAACAACAGGAGCCGAGGCUUCGUGCAAGCUUAUCCGCCUGAUCUUGGGACUUACAAGGGCAUAGACGAAAUCACCUUCCUGCAAUUCCUGGCCGAGUUCCACAAGUCAUCUCAAGCGUCGAAAGCAUUCACCGCAGUCAAUGUCGCAGCUAUGGUCGCAGGCUUCACGCCUGGCAUGAUAGCGUUCGCGGUUUCCAAUGCUGUGGCAAUGACUUCUGCUGUUGGCCAGGAGUAUCAUGGGCGCUAUCGGACGAACUCAUACCUGGACAAGGCGAACGAGGAGUUCUUUCAUCCGCGAAACUUGCACUGUAUGGUAAUGACGUUCAAGCGGGACGAUCCGAAUGUGCUCUUGGACAUCGACGGCCAGACCGGGUCGAGCAAAGGUGUCCAAGCAGGUGGCCCGAUCUCAAAGCUAUCGCUGAAGGCGAAGUCAUUGAUGGGCGCAGACAAGCCGAAAACGGAAGGCACUUUCAGGACAUCUGACGGUGUCACUGAGGGGGAGCUGAGCUUGCCACAAGCCGCUGAGUUGGUCUAUCCUACUGCUGCAACAGUGGCGGCUUUUCAAGAUGACAGCAGCAGUGAUGAUGAAGGGUCUGAGAAAGCGAAGAAACAGCCAUCAGUCUGGAAGACAAUGGGCAACUCAGCAGGAAACUACAUCGAUCGAAGGGAGCAGGCCAAGUUUGCCGCGGAGCAUGGCUCUGACUCGAGGCUCGCCAUGCCUGGCGCAACGGAUUCCUCGAACUUCGCCAGCAAGUACUCCGAUCCGAGUUAUGUGAAUCCUGUGACGUCGGGUCUGAGCAAUCUCAGCCUUCGCGGAUCUGGUCGAGACCGAGGCCUGGGCAACCGGUUGCAUGGAAUCUUCAAAAGCUCGAGACAGCCGUCUCCGAAUGCGGAAGCAUUUGAGCAACACCACGGCCAGGAUAUGAAAGCCCCUCAACUGCACAAGAAGAAGGGCGUUGGUCCGAUGCUCGGAACACUGAUGGCCGAAGAUGUACUGUAUUUGUUGAUCGCUGAGCUGCCGUCUAAGGAAGAGCGGAAUGCCAUCCUACAUCAAGCAACGUAG